CAAUGUCGCCUUGCGGACUGCCUAUUCGGGAAAGGACAUUCCCUGCGUGCCUACGGUGCGCUCGCCAUCGUCGCCUCCUUUCUUCCUCACCUCCACCUCGUGUGGGCCUCGCAGCUCUCUCCGUCUCCUUGUAUACUACACCCGUCCGUCUUCUCUCUUCCACUCACACCACUUCGCCGCUGACCGUCUCGCAGGGAUCCGUCGCGACGUCCAGGUCGCAGUCGCCCGAUCCCAUAUCCCAAUCCCGGCACCUUUCGCCCAAGCGGUCCCAGCCUCCCUAUUCCUAGCACUGUCAUUUAGUCACCCAACACUUUCAGUAAUCGACUCACCAUGUCUUCAAGGAUCGCUAGCCCAGGGAUACGCUCCCCAUCCUCAACCACGUCUUACGAUUAUAUAUCGGCCAGGUCCGCUGCGGGGAGCACCUCCUGGGCGGAUUCCUUCGGCACAGUCUCGGACGGCUUCUAUUCCGACGAGGAGGAGGUCCUAUAUCGGGUCUCAAGCCUUUCCUCGUCCAUCGUCUCUGGUAUGGUCUCCCAGCACGGUUUGACCAGCGGUGCUAGGUCGCCUGCCGUCUUCUCAGACGGCGAUUACAUCGUCAUGAGCAGGGCUCGCUCCCCUGCCAGCUCGGAUGCUACGUCCUCUGACUCCCGCGGAGAGAUCGAGGCCGAGCUCUCUGCAGCGAUCUCGACGCUCAGCAUCUCCCGGGGCCCUACCAACGCCCCCACCCUCACUACACCAACAGCCACACGCUUCAACUUGCACCGCGCACUCGGAAUGCACCCCGUUCAUUCCGCUGGACCGACCGUCCAGCCGAGGAAGUUCAAGAAAUUGAAGGCGAAGAAGAUCGCGGCCGCCCAGCGCGAGCAGGCACCCGCGCCCGCGGACGCAAACUACUCGGACAAGAAGGACAAGGGGAAGAAGAGGAAGGAGCGCAGGAAGGCGCAGAGGCUCGCGGAGAAGGCCGCUGCCUCCGCCUCACCGCCCGCUUUCACGCAGGCUAUCGAGGCUACGGAAGCUGGGCUGGGCGAGCGUCCCAUCGUCGACGACGUCUCCGAGGCAGGCGACCUCGCGGUAACUGGAGCUUACGAGGACGCCGUUAGCUUCAUAAACAGUUUCCUCUCCAACCCGACUGCAAAGUCGGGCGCCGUGCAUUUGCGGCUCCUCCAAGCUCUCAUCGUCGAGCUCGGGCUCUGCCCGUCCGCGUUUAGUGCCGCAUCCCCUCUCUCAUUCCCAUCGCUGCCCUCGCUCCCGCAUUCCAUGCGCGCGGCGAAGGCGCUGCUCAAGUCGCAGGUCUUCCUGAACGUGCGUGACUACCUCGCAGUCCGCAGCCAGGGUUUGGACGCCCUCCGCCGUGUCAUGCACCGCGACCGCAGCUCGCUGAUGCGCGAGAUCCGCUCGGGCAAGAAGAUGCCGGUGAAGGCAGUCAAGGAUGCGGGCUUGAAUGUCCUGCUCGUCACUUGCCACUGAGCGUGAAGCUCAUGCUGGCGAGUCACUCCAUUCUUGCCGACCACGCGUCUGCUGCACGCGGAGUGUCAUGUACUAUUGUCGUAGCAUGUCGUCGGACUCCCUUUACUGUUCACGGUGCACGCGCGCUGUCUUUCGUUUCUCUGCACCCAUCUAGAUCGUCGCGUCC